GCAAAUGCAGAUGAACGAGUAUAAGUAUCAUUACUUCUUCACUAGUUUCGACAUCGAAACAUUCGAUCUGGAUGAUUUUAAAUAUAAUUUCGUAAAUAUUACCUCGUUUCGUCUAAUAGAUGUUGGCGAUGUGAGCGUGCGAAGUAUACUUAAGGGCAUGGAAGCGUACAACAGCCAAUAUAAAAACGAAUCAAUUUACCACAGGAAACUGCGUACAAUACAGACGGAACCAGCCUUAGUAUACGAUUCUGUUUACAUAUUCGCUAUAGGUUUAAAAACCUUGGAACAAUCACAUACUCUGCGUAUUUCGAACGCUUCAUGUGAGGAGGAAAUCCCAUGGGACGGAGGUUUAAGUUUGAUAAACUACAUAAACUCGGUGGAGUGGAGGGGUCUGACCGGUCCCAUACAAUUUAAAGAAGGUCGACGAGUUCAAUUUAAAUUGGAUCUAGUCAAGCUGCGGCAACAUUCCAUAGUUAAAGUGGGGGAAUGGUCUCCAGAGGCCCGCCUCAAUAUAACCGAGCCUUCAUUGUUUUUUGAUGCGGGUGCAUUGAAUGUUACGCUAGUUGUUAUUACAAUAUUGUUCUGUGCUAUCGGGGGAUCUUAUUAACAGCAUUACAAUCGCCACCAUGCUCAUCAGGAGCUAUUACUGAUUUAUAUGAUGUGAACGCGUCCUCGAAGUAGUUUGCGCCGAUCUGUGCCUUUCGUUUACUGGUUUUUGCCCACUUAUUGUCGUGUGUCUUGUUUGAUGGGUUUUGCGAUGACUUUUGUUUUAAUUGUUUUUUUGUACUUUUCCAUAGUGAAUAAUUUGUCUUUUGCUCAUGUGUUAAUUCUGUAGGUAAUCUGCGAUUGAACUGUUAUUGUAAUCUUAAUUUCGUCGCUAGGU